CAACUUUCUUAUUUACACGGUUUGUCGAAAUUCUUAACCAAUGUCGCAUAUAAAACGAAUGUUUACAAGCAGAUUCUUUAGUAAAACUGUUGAAGAUCGUAGGAUAGUUCUAGGACGUCGCUAUGACAUACAGUAUGAGAUACUACUUGUGUCUCGCGAUCGUUGUCGUUUGCGAAGCGGCAAGAAUACCCAGAGUAACCGAACAACCAUAUUUUCCGAAUUUUCAAGACAUUUAUCCGAAUCGUAAUUAUCAAACUGAGUCGGUGAAUAACCACGAUGAUGGGCCAUUUUUUGGAAACUAUAGAGCGCACGAAGGGAACGCAGCUAUAGGAAACGAGUUUUACGAUCAUCGAACUCCCAUCGGUGGCCGAGCAAAUUUUGUUCAUCAUCUCACAAGAGUUCCGUUCGAAGAAUUUAGAGGCCGAGACGCAGUUCCCCGGCAUUAUGAUCGAUUUAACCAUGCGAUUAAUUACGAUUAUCAGUUAUAAAAGUUUUAUCAAGUUUACGUUGAUCUGAUGUAUAUCGAAUAUAAUUAAUGCUGCAAACGGAUCGAGCUAGCAAUCUCUUUAUUUCUCCUUGUUCCUUUAUAUUCAAUAUAUAUAUAAUAUAUAUUGAACGAUAUAUAGGAUAAUAUAGGUUAAUAUAAUAAUUUGUGUAAAUAACAUUAUUAGAAAGAAAACAACGACGGGGUAAUUAUUAUGCUAGGCUCUUCUUUUGUUCGAUUUUCUUUUUUUUUUUUUUUAUGUACAAUACUAUUUUGGCUCAUGACGUUACGACUUUGGACCAUACAUACGAGGAUACUCCUUCGAGAUAGGAGAAAAUGAACGUAUCCUCCAAAAACGAGUACCUGCUCGAUCAUG